CGUAACUUAUCACGUAUACACUGAACUCUCUAAACAGUUAUCCACAAUGGCUCAACAUUUUGAAUCUAGCUUUUCGAUUCGUAAUUUGUUAGCGAACGUUGACGGCACCAACCCAGCAUUGACACCACCACGAUCUGAUAAAUCCAUGUCUCCGAACGAAUCGAUGUCGUCUAAUGAAAGGAACAGUGGAAGUCGGCCCAACUAUACUUACAGUGCAUUGAUAACCAUGGCAAUUCGUAGCAGUCCUGAGGGCAAACUGACUUUGAAUGCUAUACAGAACUGGAUCAGUGAAAACUUCCCUUACUACCGGAAAGAUGAGCAGGGCUGGCAGAAUCAGAUAAGGCAGACACUGAGCACGAACACAUGCUUCUGCAAAAUACCACGAGCUAUAAAUGAACCGGGGCGUGGAAAUUAUUGGGCACUUCAGCCCCAGCCCCAGCAGCCGGUUGUUGGCAGUGAGACGGUGACUGGAGCAAUGGUGAAUGGUGUACCGCAUCCUCAACUUCCAAAUGCGGUGUACUUUCCCACACCACAAGAAGUACAGGGAGCUCAUCAGCAACAUGCUUGGUACCAAUAUCACCUGCACCAAUCGCAACUUCUGGAGCAGCAACUUAUGGGCCUGCGACAACAGCAGAUUCAACACCAGUACGAGGAAGUGUAUCAAAAAUUUGUUUUCCACCACCAGCAACAAAUGGCAUUUCUAAGCGCUCAGAAAAUAUCAGCUUAAGCAGUAUUUUAUCUGUGCUGUCGGAAGAAAGUUGAGGGAUGUUUUUCCUACCUUUCACAACAAGUGCAUCUAAUACAGCGGUAUGAUGAAGUAUACCAAAA